CGCAUUAGCCUAAUCUGCCAACUACGAGAGAAUAGAGGGGCGAACGAACCAAAAAAACAAGGAAAAAAGACGAAAAAAAAAGGGCAGAGAACAAGUACAACAAAAACGCGGCCAUCGAUGGUUGCCCCGCCGACGCGAAAUUGCACGGUGAGGUGCUGCCCUCUUCGUGGCCGAACCGCGAACGCGACCGAUCGAUUUUUUCCACGACGACUCUCGACAGAACCCGUUUUCCCUUAUCUUACCGAGAUAUUGUUCGAUUCGCGACUACGGGCCCCUUUUGGUCUCCCCAUGACUCGAAAGGUUCCACGAUUUUUCAACCACCCGAUCGAAGAGGACGAGCGGACAUCUUGGACCCACAGCUUAGAAACACGAGUUCGCCACGGUCGACGAGCCAGUUUACGUCUCACGUCGGACGAGGAAGCAGCCUGCCGUGACGCGAGUUCGUGCCGUCUGCCCUGCUCGAGCCAUCUUCUGCGAAAACGAAGGAGCAGUUCGUGCAAGCAAAGUCUGCCUAUUUUCCUGUCGCCAUGUAAAAGGGCGGUGCCGAGGAAGUUCAUCAACGGCUGUAGUCGCAUUCGCAACGAUGUCCGGUGGACAGAAGGGUAG